CGCCCACGUGGCAAAAUGGAUCCACUCCGGUCGCGGUCAAACUGCAGCUGGAAGGAGCCCACUCCACGGCGCAGCGCAGCAGCUUGUGGUUGCGGGCAUGCGGUAGCUCGGCGCUCGCGGCCGCAGAUCGGCGCCGGCGCCGGCGGGUGGAAGCGACCCAGGGCCAUGAAGCACCCGCCGCAGCGCGACGGGGAGCCGUCCCCGUCCCCUCCGCCGCAGCGGCGGCCGCGCGGGUUCGCUUCCACGGCGGGGGGUUCGCCGCGGAGGCGAGGCGAGCGGGAGCGGGAGCGGGAGAAAGAGCGGACGAAGCUGCGGGAGCGGCACCGGCGCGCCAUCACUAGCCGCAUGCUCGCCGGGCUCCGGCAGCACGGCAACUUCCCGCUCCCCGCCCGCGCCGACAUGAACGACGUCCUCGCCGCCCUCGCCCGCGCCGCCGGCUGGACUGUGCAACCCGACGGCACCACCUUCCGCUCCUCCAACCAACCACUCUUGCCGCCGCCUCCUCCCCAGCUGCAUGGAGUGUUUCAGGUUGCAUCUGUGGAAACCCCAGCUUUGAUCAAUACUCUGAGCAGUUAUGUCAUUGGAACACCAUUAGAUUCUCAGGCAUCUGCCCUACAAACAGAUGACAGUCUGUCACCAUCAUCACUGGACUCAGUUGUGGCAGACCGAAGCAUAAAGACUGAGAACUAUGGGAAUUCCAGUUCAGUCAGUUCUCUCAACUGUAUGGACAAUGAUCAGCAGUUAAUGAGAUCAGCAGUAUUAUUCCCCGGUGAUUACACCAAAACUCCAUAUAUACCAGUUUAUGCUUCUCUGCCUAUGGGCAUUAUUAAUAGUCACUGCCAAUUAGUUGACCCAGAGAGUGUACGUGCUGAACUAAGGCAUCUGAAGUCUCUGAACGUGGAUGGUGUUGUUGUUGACUGUUGGUGGGGGAUUGUGGAAGCCUGGACUCCUCGGAAGUAUGAAUGGUCUGGUUACAGGGACCUUUUUGGUAUAAUUAAAGAGUUCAAGCUCAAAGUUCAGGUUGUAUUGUCAUUUCAUGGGUCUGGAGAGAUUGGAUCUGGUGAUGUGUUAAUCUCUCUCCCAAAGUGGAUCAUGGAAAUUGCAAAAGAGAACCAGGAUAUAUUUUUUACAGAUCGCGAAGGUAGAAGAAACACAGAAUGCCUUUCUUGGGGGAUUGACAAAGAACGAGUCCUUCGUGGGAGAACUGGCAUCGAGGUCUAUUUUGAUUUCAUGAGGAGUUUCCAUAUGGAAUUCAGAAACUUAUCUGAAGAGGGUCUUGUUUCUUCUAUCGAAAUUGGAUUAGGUGCUUCUGGGGAGCUAAGAUAUCCUUCAUGUCCAGACACAAUGGGCUGGAAAUAUCCUGGUAUUGGUGAGUUUCAGUGUUAUGACAGGUACAUGCAAAAGCAUUUACGGCAAUCAGCACUGUCCCGGGGUCAUUUGUUUUGGGCACGUGGACCUGAUAAUGCUGGCUAUUAUAAUUCAAGACCACAUGAAACUGGCUUUUUUUGUGAUGGAGGCGAUUAUGACAGCUACUAUGGACGUUUUUUCCUUAACUGGUAUUCUGGAGUCCUAAUGGAUCAUGUGGAUCACGUGCUGUCGCUUGCUAGUCUUGCAUUUGAUGGAGCAGAAAUAGUUGUGAAGGUUCCAUCUAUCUAUUGGUGGUACAGAACUGCAAGCCAUGCUGCAGAGCUUACAGCGGGAUUCUACAAUCCUACAAAUAGAGAUGGAUACUCUCCAGUUUUCAGAAUGCUCAAGAAGCAUUCUGUAAUUCUUAAGCUCGUUUGUUAUGGUCCUGAGUUUACAAUUCAAGAGAAUGAUGAAGCAUUUGCGGAUCCAGAAGGUUUAACCUGGCAGGUAAUGAAUGCAGCAUGGGAUCAUGGACUAUCUCUAUGUGUAGAGAGUGCUCUUCCAUGUCAUAAUGGUGAAAUGUAUUCUCAAAUCCUGGACACAGCAAAGCCUAGAAAUGACCCUGAUCGUCACCAUGCUGCGUUCUUUGCGUACCGUCAACAACCUCCGUUCCUUUUGCAGAGAGAAGUUUGCUUUUCGGAGCUCUGUACCUUCGUAAAGUGUAUGCACGGGGAGGCUCCCCAUAAUGGAGAAGGUUGAACCUCUUUAGUGAAAUGUGUUGGCUUGAUACGAAACAAAGUAGGUGGGUUUCGGAUUUGAGCCACUUUGAAGGGGAUGGUGAAUAUUCUGAUUCGCAGCUGGGUAAACUGCUAGGUCCUAUUCAGUUGAUUUCUGCUGAGCAGGUGCCUUUGCAGCCUUACCAUAGCUUUUAACCUAUGGAAGUUAGCAUACCGCUUGUUGUAGCACGCAUGGAGUAUAGUGUAGUUCAGCAAGAUACAUGGUUGUUUGUCACUCAGGUGAUGUAUAUAGCCAAGAAUGGCCGGCCAAAGCAAAUAAUAUUUUGCUUAUAAACCACUUUGUAAAUGAGAGGCGUUUAUGAGAGUCAUCUGAUGCGAGAUGAAUGCUGGUCAGUUAUCCUCUUCUUCCUGCGCAGUGCGUGUGCCCCAUGAAGCUGUCCGCUGGACCCAUGAAACUCUGCACCAAUGGUUGUGGAUAGCAAAUGCGCUUCUGCGAAUUCAGAGCACCAGCGUCCUUUCGUGCUUCCCAGUAUUCAAGAACGCCGUGGGGGGAGCCUUGGCAUUCGCUGGAGACUAGCUGUGGGCAUUUUUUUUAUUUUAUGUAUUCUAUUCUCCAGAACUUUAUUAGCAUCAGAUGGACUGGUAACCUGGCUGCCGCGCCAAUUUCUUGUAGUCGAUGGAAUAUAUUUAUGUGCAUGUAACACGACCAUUUAUGUCUCGCCAACUAACAUGUUUUGGAACCAUUUGUGUCCCGCCAACUAACAUAUUUUGGAACGGAAUUAACUCUUACA